UUUUAGCAACGUUUUGUGUUUAAUGUCUCCGUUUUCUAUGGUGGGGAAGAAUGGAAAGUUAUUUUUAUGGAUGUAAUGUUAUGAGAAUUGAUACUUGUUCCGUUAGUAUUUUCUGUAUGUGGUUAGCGUAAUGUGAACGUAUUGUAUUUUCUGUGCAGUUAUUCAUGUUGUUUUUAAUGCAGUGAGCUGCUGCUAUACAGAAGAAGUGGAAAAGUAUCCGGACAUGCUAUGCUAGAGAACUUCUGAAAAAGAAGACAGAAAAAAGUGGUUCUGGGGCUAGUGGCCGAAAGCAGUAUGUAUAUUUUGAAACAUUGCGUUUUUUAGAAACUGUGACGAAGAAAACAACAAGCAGUAUGGACUGUGUCUCUAGCGAAGAUCUUAGUGUUGAAACAGAAGUAGACGAUGAUAUUUCAACACAACAAGAAGAAAACCCAUGAUUUGCAAUGGGGAAAAAGAAUAAGAAGAAAUCUAGUACGAGCCAAGAACCAACACAACAACAACAGCAGCAGCAGCAGCAGCAGCAGCAGCAGCAGCAGCCGCCGCAGCCGACGCCCCCACCUGCAGCUAAGCCAGAAGAGCAUCCACCGUCAGGUGAUACCCAACCAAAAACUUCGGGAGGAAAAAAACAAAAGAAAAAUGUUAAGCAAUUAAGUGAAUUGCAACAACCAGCUAUAGUACAACACGAAUCACAGCCAACAACUGCAAGACAGCCUGAAGGAUUCCAACAGCAACAGCUGCAUACUCCAGUAGAGGGACAACUGCGUCAGGAACCACCAGGCUUUCAUCCACCAUCACAACAACAGCGAGGGCCACCAGGCUUCCAGCUUCCACGUCAGCAACAAGUACCACCAGGUUUGCAGUUACCAGAUGUACAACAAACCCCCCUUAGUAGCCAUGAACGUCAGGCACAACCACCUCAAACAGCAUGGGGUCAAAAGAGACAAGUUCCACCAGGUAUCCAAGAGCAGCAGCAACAAGGACCACCAGGUGGGAGGGGAUGGGGACAGCAGAAACAAGGAGCACCAGGUAUUCAAGGGCAGCAGCAACAAAGACCACCAGGUGGGAGGGGACGGGGACAGCAGAGACAAGGACCACCAGGUAUUCAAGGGCAGCAGCAUCAAAGACCACCAGAUAUUCAAGGGCAGCAGCAACAAGGACCACCAGGUAUUCAAGGGCAGCAGCAACAAGGACCACCAGGUAUUCAAGGGCAGCAGCAACAAGGACCACCAGGUAUUCAAGGGCAGCAGCAACAAGGACCACCAGGUAUUCAAGGGCAGCAGCAACAAGGACCACCAGGUAUCCGAGGGCGGCAGCAGCAGCAGCAGCAAGGACCAGCAGAUGGCCUGGGGCAGCAACAUGGGCCACAAAUACAGCAAAAACAACCUUCUCAGCCUGCAGUUCCUGCAGCACGACAACCACAACCAAAAGUUGAUGCUACAAUAGUAACGAAAGGUGUAAGAGCUUUGAGUUUAAAAGUACCACCACGUACCAAUAUUCGUGGAGGAGGUACUAAGGGAAGAAAGACCAUAAUAGAGACCAAUCACCUUGCACUGGAUAUCAGUAAAGCCAGAAACAAUAGAAUCAUCCAUUAUGAUGUGGCAAUAGAUCCAGACAAGCCAAAGAGGCUGAUUCGAUUCGUGAUGGAGCAGUUUCGUGUAGACAAUUACCCUGAUAGAUAUCCUGCUUUUGAUGGAAGGAAAAAUCUGUAUAGCUCAGGAUAUUUACCUUUUCAGACACACAUAUCAGGAAAUGUCGUUAUACAAGAUGAAGAGAGUAGAAAUCCAAAAGAAUACAAAGUAACUAUAAAUUUUGCUAACAUGGUUAACUUAGACCAGCUUAAAACUUACAUGCAACAAGGUAACUCUCAGGAUACUCCAAUGGAGGUGAUUCAGGCAGUUGAUAUUGUUCUUCGUGAAGCAUCAGCAUCUUCUAGGAGUUUUGUACAGGUUGGGCGGUCUUUCUUCACACCACCAUCAGAUCAACUUAUAGACCUUGGAGAAGGCUUGGAGUUAUGGUAUGGGUUUUACCAAAGUGCUAUUUUAGGGUGGCGACCAUUUGUAAACAUUGAUGUAGCACAUAAAGGUUUUCCCAAACAUCAGAGUGUUGUACAAUUAAUUAGUGAUUUAUUUCGUGACCCUAGAAGCCAGCAGGGGUUAAACGCAUAUCAAAUUGAUGAUCUAAACAAGUACUUAAGAACACUCAAAGUCGAUUAUGAACUACCUAAUCAGCCAAACACAAAGAGAUGUUACAGAGUUAACAAAGUGGUUGAUUCACCACGUAGGUUGAAAUUUAAACUUGAAAAUGGCCAGGAAAUGACUGUUUUAGAGUAUUUCAGACAGGAAAAGAGAUUGAAUUUGCAGUACCCAGAUUUACCAUGUCUUCAUGUGGGAUCUCCAAAUAGGCCAAACCCUAUAUAUUUACCAGUAGAACUCUGCACAGUAAGAAGUCAAGUGAUUGUUCGUAAAAUGACUGAAAAUCAAACUUCUAACAUGAUAAAAGUUGCUGCAACCAGUGCAGAUAGACGAAAAUCUAAGAUUAUUGAUGCAUUGAGGAAAGCAGGAUUCAACAAAUCCAGGACAGUUCAGGAAUUUGGAUUCUCUGUUAGUGAUCAGUUUGAAAAGAUUCCAGCUAGAAUAUUGGAUGCUCCACAAUUGGAAUACAACAAACAAGUUGAGAGACCAAUGAAAGGUGUGUGGCGAGCAAAGCCUUUCUUAAACGGUUCAGUGCUUUCAGACUGGAUAAUACUUAAUUUGAAUAAUCGUUAUAUUAGAGAAGAUCAGCUGAGAAGUUUCUGUACUGAAAUGAAAAGGACAGGUGAAAAUUUGGGCAUGAGAAUUGGCCCAUCUCGAUCACCUUGCUCUGUUGAUUGGCACCCUCGGGAUUUGCAGCGUAAGUUGGAAGAAUAUUUGCAGCAAGUUAAAGGUAUCCAGCUGGUGGUAGUGGUGGUUCCUGAUAGAGGUGAUUUCUAUGCCAAGGUUAAACAGACAGCAGAGCUGCAGGUAGGUGUUCUAACUCAGUGUGUUAAAGCCCGUACCAUGGGUCGAAUGAACCCUGCGACUGUCAGCAACAUUCUUCUAAAAGUUAAUUCCAAACUGAAUGGUAUCAAUCAUACCCUACAUUCCAGCGCAAAACCCCAAUGUUUGUUGAGGCCAGUAAUGAUAGUAGGAGCAGAUGUUACACAUCCUUCUCCGGACCAAAAUGACAUACCUUCAGUUGCUGCAGUCUGUGCAAGUCAUGAUCCAAAAGCAUUUUGUUACAACAUUCAAUAUAGACUGCAAGGGCCUCGUGAAGAGAUUAUAAGGGACCUGGAAAACAUAAUGAAGGAACACCUUAAGUUUUUCUUCAAGCAGACUAAAGGUUAUAAGCCAGAGAAAAUAAUCUUCUACCGUGAUGGUGUUAGUGAAGGACAGUUUGCCCAAGUUCUGAAUGAAGAACUGCAAGCAAUCCGGCGUGCUUGUCAAUCCAUGAGUUCAGAUUAUCAGCCACAAAUUACCUUUUUGGUGGUACAGAAAAGGCAUCAUACACGUUUCUUUCCACUAAAACCAGAAGACUUUGAUGGAAGAAAUAACAAUGUGCCUCCAGGUACUGUUGUCGACACGGAAAUAACACACCCGACAGAAAUGGAUUUCUAUCUUGUGAGUCAUGCCAGCAUUCAAGGAACGAGUCGACCUACAAAGUAUCGUAGGUUGUGGGACGACAGUAAUAUGUCAGAAGAUGACGUUGAACAGCUCACAUAUUAUUUGUGCCACAUGUUCUCAAGAUGUACCCGUGCCGUAUCAUAUCCAACACCCACAUAUUAUGCUCAUCUUGCAGCAUAUAGAGCUCGAGUCUACAUAGAAGGCCAAAGAAUACAGUUGGACAAAUUACCGGAAGAGCAAAAACGUAGGCGCAUCCAGGACGUUAUCUGCAGAGAUUCACCUAUGUUCUUUGUGUAGGUGACUAAUAUAACAAAAAGCUAUUUAUUUAUCCCUUAAGAGGCCACUCCAGUGUUUCAGGGGCACUACGCAACCCGCGUUAACCUCAUAAGAUUCAAUGCUAUUUUCAUUUUGCUUAUAACUUAUUAACUAAUAUAGAUUUUGAAAUGAUGCUUGCUUCAUAUGUAAGACAACGAUGCUCUUAUCAAAGCCCCUUUCUUCAAAAACGUGCAUAAAUUAUGGUUCAAACCUAGACAAUACACUUAUGCAUAUUAGUAAAGAUUAGUAUAAAAUCAUAAUUUAUGCACGUUUUUGAAGAAAGGGGCUUUGAUAAGAGCAUCGUUGUCUUACAUAUCAAGCCAGCAUCAUUUCUAAAUCUAUAUUAGUUAAUAAGUUAUGAGCAAAAUGAAAAUAGCAUUGAAUCUUAUGAGGUUAACGCGGUUUGCGUAGUGCCCCUGAAACACUAGAGUGGCCUCUUAAGUUCAUAACGUAACUUAAGCUAGUUUAGUAAUAUAAUAGAAUAAUAUAAUUGUUUGAAAUUUUCUAGCAUACGUAAAUAAGUGUAAAAUAUAUAAUAAUAUUAAAACUUAUGAGAAAUAUUUGCUUUUGCUAAAUGAGUAUAGUAGUCUCGUUUAUUCAACCUUAUCUGACAUUCAGUAUUAUCCUACGCUCUACUGCAAAAAUGCUAAAUCUGCAAGUUGCAUUUGUGAGGUUACUCAUAUUUUUUUUGCUCCCAACACUUCUGCGACUAAUUAAUUUUUCAGUUAAUUUUUUUCUAUUUUGUUGUAAAACCUGAUUAAUAGGUUUUUUAUGUGUAAUAUUAUAACUUCAGUUUACUUUUAAUAGGUCUUUUCUUAACACCUCCCUAUUAUCUGACAUUUUUGCAUAGCCAACAUUCUGUUGACACAGUUUGUUAGAUAAGCGAGACUACUUGAAAAAAAAUUUCAGAAUGUAUUCCACAAAAAUGUAAUUUUUAAAAAAAAGUUAUGUUAUCUAAUUAAUUAUAAUUAUGUAAAAAUCACAGUCAAGAAAUAAAUUUUGGAAAUGAAACAAACUAAUGUGGAUGUUUCUAAAACAAAAAUAUGGUUCGUUUUGAAACAAAUACUUAAAAUAAUCAAACAGAAUGGUUAUUUUGAAUAUUUUGUGUAUGUGUAUGUGUGUAAUUUUAACACUUUUUUUUAAAGGGUAAAGCAAGUUUAGUUUUAGAAGUUGAUUGCUUAAAUAUUUAUUACUAUUAAAAUUAAACAUACUACUAACAAAUUAGUGUAUUUGUUAUAUCUAGGCUUGUAGGUAUUAAUAAAGUUUAGUUGGUGUGUCAGUUAUAUUGUUUGCAGUGAUAAUGAAAUAGAAUUUGUAAGGUUAAAAUAAAUUUGGUCUAUAAUUGUGUUGUAUGUGUGUCUAUUUCAGGUAUGUCUGCUUUGCUAGCAUUUUUUUUUUUAAAUAAUGUGCAUUUUAAGGAAUAGCUAAACAAGUCUGAAAAAAAAGCCAUUGUAACAUUAUAUGUAUGUGAAUGACGUCUAUUAUUUAAAUAGCUGUAUGAUGCAUUAAAAACACAAUUUAUAGCUACAAAUACAUGUUUGUUUUGGUGAUAGAAGAAUAUAUUGGUUAUGUAAAGUGAGCAUUCAAUAUUUUUUGAUGUUCUGGCCAUCCUGAUCUCAGUUUUGAUGUUUUUCUAAAAUCACUCUAUGCAAAUGCUGAGUGGGUAAUCUACAACAUGCCAUGGUUGAGUAAUUCUUUCCAUCCGUUUUAGUGUUGAGAUCUACCGGUACACUUGAAAUAAUACUUCAAAAAAUGGGAGUUAACAUGCAUGCUAACCCAAUACAUAACACAGGUAUUUAUUAUUAUGAAGCACAAUACGUGUGACCUUUUGACAAAUAAUCUCAAUCAUAUAGUUAAAAUGAGAAGAAAGAGAUAGUAUAAUGUUUGUCAUACAAGAGAGAACCAACAAAGUUAUAAGUAUCAUUGAUGCCAUGCAUGUACUAGCACUUUUUUCUUCACUAGUAAAUUAUAAGUAAACAUGGAGAAAACCAAAUUGCAGAUUUUUUACACUUUUUUUAACAUAAAAAAUAUGUACUACAGUACCUGUCAAUAGUUUAGAACCAAUACAAAAUCGGAAAUCUGUAAAAAUACGUUCCUUGUGUCAAAAUCUUGUAAUAUCUUUUAUAUUACAUUUCUACACCAUUGUAGCCAUCACCACACAUAUUUAAUUUUAAAUUAUUGAAAUAGGUAUAUUAGUUUACAAGUUAUGGAAUUUUAUAGGUGUUAGAAAAAAAUUUUAAUUUUAUGGGUUGAAAAAUUUAGAAUUAUGGUACAAUUUAUUAUGUGGAAAAAUAUGUAGAAACAGUAAAUUUUCUGGUAUCAUAUUGUUCAAUAUUAUUUUGUAAAUUAUCUCAUGUGUUGUUUAAAAAAAUCAUACAGCUUUGUACAUGUGCAUGCAUGCAUGUGUGUAUGUAUGUGUGUGUAUAAUCAGAAUAAUUAAAAAAUGAACCUGUGUUAAUAAAUUUCCCCAAUUAUAAAUUUUUUUGUUAUUCAAAUUGAACCAGGGAGACAGUUUGGUAUGUGCUUUUGAGCCGGAAAGAAACUAACGAACACUGAAAACAAUGCUUCGCUAGCUUUGUAUUUAUGGAAAAUUAUGUACUUUUUAAUUAUUGCAAAUUAAAGAAUAAUAUUUCUUUAAUGCCUAGUUACAAAUUUGUUGAAAAAUUCUGUAUGCAUUUCUUUUUCCUUUGAAAUAAAUACCAAGAAUAUCUGGCUACUCUGGCUACCAAA